AUGUUGCCAAAACGUCUCAUCGUUGGCUUGAUAAGCCUUUGUCUUAUGAUCAGAUGCACUGGUGGUAAUGAGAGGUGUGGGGCCUCCAUUAGAGGGGCGUGUCCUCCUGCUUGGAGCCAGUGGGGUGACAAAUGCUACAAGAAACUCAGCAAGAAUCUACCAUGGGCUGAGGCAAAACAGGAGUGCAUCAAGAUGGGCAGUGUCUUGGUCAUGCCACAGUCUCAGGAGGAAACUGACUUCCUUCUGAAGAACGUGCACCACUGGUUCUGGAUCAACUGCAAUGAUCUUCAAGUUGAAGGUACAUGGGUGUGUCAAGAUGGCACUACUGACGUGAAGUACAGAAACUGGGGUAAUUGGCAACCUAGCAAUGGUAUCAGAGAGGAUUGUGGGGCAAUGAGAGAUAGCGGUGACUGGAAUGAUGUACCAUGUGAGAAUCUCGCUCCUGUGAUCUGCCAACGACCAGCACCACAGCUGUACUUUUAAGUAACAUCAAACAGCUGGUUGCUAAUCAAAUUCAA